GAUACUCUGGAGAUAACCACAGAAGUCACAUGUUGGAUUUGGACUUCUUGCAUGAUGCUGAUGGCUGCUGACAGCGAGGGAGGAUUUAAGCCACCUACACGCAAGCAUAUUUUAGAACAGGAAACAAAUGUCUCCAAAUGUUUGCAGUCAAACACUAUCUACUCAGGCGGAGGAGAAAGGCGGUUGCAGGAAGACAGUUCUGUCUCAGCUAGCCUUCCCAAGAAGCUGCGGGUCAGGAAUCAGUCUAGAAUUUCGAUCAUCUGGAGAGGAGUUAUUCAGAUGUUCAGUUUGAAGCCGUUUGCAGCAAAAGCAUAUCCUGUCUCUGGCUUUAGCUAUCAUCUCUUUCAGGCUGUACCUGAUCUACUUCAAUCAAGGGGCUUUAUUCUCCCAGAGGAAGUCUGGGCCUAUUUGGACAGCGUAUGGCCAGCCAACACCAAGGAGAUGGCCUUGAUAAAAUUCCACCCUAGCUCGACAAAAGGCUGCAGCCCUUACAGCAUGCUCUAUUCUUAUCUGAACAAUAGACAGAGAUACGGCAUUGUGGACAGCGACCAAAUGGAGAUGUUCAUGGUGCCCUUAGCAGCUUACCAGCCGGUACCUUCCAAACUCCACCCACUGGGUGGCCCAGGACUGGAUCCAUGCCACCCUUCCUUGUUGCUGGGAUUGAUUCUACCCAAGAGACCUCCCACUGCGCCUCACCCCUUGCCAAAAACCAGAAGAAAGAGCGUCACUUUUAAGGACGACAUCGAAAUCCAGUACAUUCCAGUUCUUUCGCCAGCGGACACGCAUCCGAUGCAGCCACUACAACCCCUGUCCCUCAUCGAGCCUCUCUGGGGAUGUAAUUGCCCCGUCGCAGUUAUUCCAGAGCACAAACCACUUUUCAGUGAAGAACUGGGCAGCAAGAUGGUCCAUGGAGGUCUUUGCUCUUUGCCCCAAGAAACAGCUGGAGGUGGAACCGGCCAGUCUCUUUCAGACAUUAUUCUCCAGUUGCAAUGUGAUCCCCCUUGUCUCGAGGGACAGUUGGGCAGUCGGAUGCUGGAAACCUUGGGAGCCCAAUUGCAGCAGGCAGGGAUUUGCGCGGAUCACAAUCCGCAGUGCAUUGGGAACUCUCUUGGUCUUCCUCCCUCUGAGACAGUCUUCCCAAAUCAAUGUGGAGUGGAUGGAGGGCAUGGGGCAAAUGUCUUGGACGCCUCCCUCUUGCUGCGUAUGCUUUGUCCCGAAGCUGUGCCACCUGCCAAAGCAUCCGAGGCUCCAUCGCUGCUCCAGAUCCCCAGUGCCACACCUGUUGCUGCAGAUUCUCUCAUGGAGGAAGCGUUAUCUCUCAUCCAGUAUGUGACACAGUUGCAGCCCCAUACGACCCCAAACCAGGAACCUGCAAUGUCACUAGAAACUCCCCCUGUGCUGUCCCAGGCUCUAACUGGGGCAGAGUUCCCAGCAGUUUAUCAAAAUGAUGACAAUGGGUAUGCCCACAUCCAGCGGUUUCUGUCCUCCCUGGGGGGACAAACACAGUCCCCUGCUACUUAAUCUGUCCUCUAAGCAGCUCUAUAAAUCUCUAGAUAAGGAGCAUGAGCUUUGGGGAUGCAUUAUCUGAACAUUGGUCACAAAAUGCUCAAGAGCUGCUUAUCAAGGAGAACUGAAUGGCUUCAAAGAAGAUUUGGCUUGACCCCAGGAGUGGGCAAUAUAACACAGAAAUUCAUUUGGCCCGUGAUUGUGGCCCGUGAUCAAGAGAGUAAGUGAAACAGGGAGUAACCAUUAAGGUUUUAUACAAGCAGUCAGGUUCUGGUAGGUCUACCUAAAAAUAACCUGUCACCAUUACAGUCUGUGCUUCAGGCCUGGGGGUCAAGGUACAGUUUAAUGAAAAGGAGUUGGAAAUGGUUCGGCCAUCUUUUAGCACAAUUUAAACGUUAUUUUGGGGAAAAGAAAAAAAAUGAGAAGGGGAGACAUAAUAUUGAAUCUGCCUUUUAUUACUUUUGCAGCUUCUUAAAAAGACUUUAAAAACAGUAUUCUGUUUUUCAAAAGAAUCUUGUUGAUUCAAGAUUCACAAGAUCCCUUUCCUUUGGCAAGCCUGAAUCUAAGUUCAGAACAUUUCCCCAGUGAAUUUGAUGGCAGAGCACUGGUGAUAAUUUUGUAUUCACUAAUAAGUAUAGGUAUGUUUGUAUUUUACAAGUCCGGAAGUGGAAUUAAAGUGUGGGCAAGUGAGAGAGGGAAGGAGAGACCCAACAAGAAAAGUGAGAAUUGAGACAGUAGGUAGUAGUUUUGUUGUCUGAAUACAAGAUGCCAUUGCAGCAGAUUUUUGUUUUUGUUUCCAUUUUGCCAAACAGUUCUGAAUAUUUUCAACGCAAUAAAGCU